AUGUCCGGCGCGCUCCUCCGUCGAGCGUGGCUACUGGCGCCGUUUCCGUCUGCGAGGGGGGCGCUCACCGGCGAGGCCGGCAGCCAUUCCGCGCGUUACCGCGCGUCCAUCCGCGCUCCUCCGUCGGGAGAGAGCGGCGGCGCGGGAUCCUUGCCCUCGCCGGAGCUAUCGCUGCUCCGGCGGGCCCCGAAGGGAGAGGCAACGACCCGGCGGCGUAAGAUCAACCAACAAGUCCUAUUGGUUGGUUCACCUAGUGUGAACUUUGCUGAUCAGGCCCUAGCAUUGCCAGAGCAGUUUGCGAACCAGCCCAGCCCAUUCGUGUGGGCCAUAGUUGGCGACUGGCUCAUCACUCCAAAACUCCACCACGCCGCGGCGGCGCUCCUCCUCGACUUCCAACUCGCCCCCAAAUCCCUCGACCAAAUCCCCAAUUCCAGCGACGCCGGCCGAAUCCUGCUCGCCAUGUGCCUGCCGCCUCCGCCGCAAAGCAGCCCCGGCUCGCCGCCGGAGCUGGUCGACGACGUCAUGCGAGAUAUCUUCCUGCUCAUACCGGCGGACGACCCCAAGAGCCUCGUCCGCGCCGCCGCCGUCUGCACGCGCUGGCAAAGCAUCCUAUCCGACGUCGUCUUCACCCGUGAGUACCGCACGCUCCACGGGACGCCGCCCAUGCUGGGCUUCCUCCACAACACGAUCCAUACGAGGAGAGACGAGAGGAACAAACAGUACUUCGUUCCCACCACCUCCUUCCGCCCGCCGGCCUGCCACGAGCGCCGCCGUCUGCGCGCCCUCGACUCCCGGCACGGCCUUGUCCUCUUCCACACCUCUAAAAGCGGAGAGGACUUCGUUAUCUGGGACCCCGUCACCAAAGACUGGUGGAGAAUCAAGGCCAGCGACGAGUGCUCCCACAUCAUUUCGCAUGAGCAUGACCAGGAUGACGAGGGCAUGCAGUGGAACGCUGCGGUGCUCUGUGCCAAGGACCAAUGUGACCACGUCUACUGCCAUGGCGGCCCUUUCCGAGUGGCUCUUGUGGGCUCCGACGAGGAACACACCUUUGCUUCCGUCUACUCAUCCGAGACUCAGAAGUGGGGC